UUUAAAAUGCAUAAAAUUAGAGGCGAAGAGAGUAAAUAUGAUAAUACUUCUGAAGGCAAUACUUCAAACUCUGAUGACUCAAAUAUUAAGUUUCUCUUUCGUUCAGCCCUUGAUGUAGGCUCUACCUUCUUAAAAAUCGAGCCAGAUGAUGAAGACAUUGAUUUUUAUCAAACAAGAGAAGGAACUAUGGUAGGAAGGAUAUACUUAGAAAACUCUACACCAGCAGCACCUGUAGCAUUUUUUGGAUGGUCUUCUCAUUUACUUGAGCUCAAAAUAACUCCAAACUACGGAUUCAUCAUGCCUGGAGAAUAUCAAUAUAUAGAAUUUGAGGUUCCUACUGAUGAUCCAGAGGAAGUAGACAAAGCGCUAUACUUCAUCAAAGCCUUACCUCUUGCCAAAAAUAUUGACAUGGAGGAGCUAGAAGAAAAUAUUGAUGAAGUAUUUCACGAACAUAAUCAAAGAAUCUUAUUUACACUUGCCACAAUGUCUGGAACACCAAACUUAGAAGCAAUGGCUGAUGAAGUUGAAUAUGAUAAUCAUAUCGACAGAGAAAAUAUAAUUCAUACUCAACAAUAUAAAGAAAAGAUAGAAAUGGAAAAGAGGCUCGAGCAAAAUGAGGUCUUAGCUUCAAAACCUAAUAAGCCUCAAGAGCAACUAAUAAAGCCAGAAGCAGACGCAUCUGUACCUGAAAUAGAUGAGUCUGAGACACAUCCUAGAGAAUCAGAUCUCUUGGGCUUAAAUGAGCAAACUUCAUCAAAAGAACUUGAUUUCUUUGACAAAUCUAAGGAUAAGUCUCAUACUCAAACUCAAGAUAUACAAGAACAUCUUAAAGAUGAAGAAGAAAGUGGAGAGGACUAUGGAGCUGACGAUUAUGAAGAUUCGAGUUCGGUAGACGAUACUAAAGGCAUGAAGUAAGAUCCAACCUAUUUCUUCCUCAAUUUUGAUAUGACAUU